UUUCCAGUUCUUAGAUGUGAUGGUUGCAUUAGUUUUCUUAUUUUAGGCUUUCUUUCUUCUACAAGGUAUUUUCCUCUGGUGAUCUGGCCAGUAAGUCUGAUUUUCAAAAGAACAAGCUCUCCUGCAGAAGUAUCAGUUACAGGAAUGAGACAAAUCAGGGACAGACUGACCAUUUUGAAACUCGGGCACUGCCCGAGGGCCCGGGAUGCCCCUGGUACCUUUUUCAUAGGCUUUUUUUGAGUUUGAGCAAGGACACAGGGGCCCCAUGAUCCCCUAUUGCCCGGGGG